AUGCACAUGAUGAGCGGACCCGGACCAGUUAGCGAAGACAAGGUGUGGACGUGGGUGCCGGAACCUGUGUCGCAGACGAGAGGAGCCCGCGCGCCCAGAACUACUACCGGCAGCAGAAUGGUCUUGCGUCCCCCAACAUCAAAUCAGACAAGGAAGCAAGGAGCAGCUGCUCGUCACGGAGACUACGGCGGAGGCCCGCAAAUUACAACUAUGCCACAUAGACCAAGCGUGCAGCAGCUGCAGGCGGACCGAGCAAACACAGUUGGCACCGGAUUGUCCUCUCCUAGUUCUGCCGUGUUCGUGAACGAGCGCCACGAUGAUGAGACCGGGCUAAGACCUGUCGCUUCUAACACAUUGCAAGUGACAACUAGUGGUCCCUUCUUCUUGAGCAAUGAUGUCAACGACGACACAAAUCUACUGAGCGACUUUGUGGAGCAUUUUUCACCGCCGGCGGGAACAAGUAGUGUUCAACAUCGAGCAGGAGGGUUGCUGCAGCUUGGUAGUAGUACGGUGGGGACGGCGGAAGACGGAGCUCCUGGUACCGGCAACAAACGCACUCACGAUGUCAAGAUCAUCCAAGAUGAAACGGGGCUUUCGCAGGUCCCGGGCGGGGGCGACUUUAACGACUUCUUUUGGAAGACCGAGUGGCCUUCCACGUUGGCAGACAAGGAUGCCAUGGUGCCGCAGUUGCGAAAGUUCGUGUUGCAAGAACCAGUUGGAGACUUCACAACCAAUCAGCCCCUGGCAGCGAUCACCAAGGCAGACUGCACCAAAACGGAGCAGCUCCGGCAAGUUUUUGACGAAGAACUCAUCGAAACGCCACGCACCAUUGUGGAUUUUACGUUUUUCGGUGCGGCCAGUCGUGAUGCCCUGGAGGUUAGAAUGCAGGAGCUAAAAGAUCAAGUGGACUUGUUCGUGGUAGCGGAAGCUAACUACGACCAUCACGGAAGCAAAGUUCCAAAUGACCUCUGGGAAACCGUUUUAAAAAAGCAGAAGGUCUUUCGCGAGUUUUCCAGUGUCACGGAUCGCGUGCUGCAUUUGCCAGUUGAGCUGACGUCGUCGAAGGCAGAUGACGAGUCUUCGUCUGAUCUCCUGAGCGCCCAAGGCACGAAUUGGAAUUUCGAAUUCGAGACCACGGCACAAGCUUCAAAGCGACUGCACUCAGAGUUGCAGCGAAGAUGGUUUGCGUCAGAUGGCCAUGGCCAACACCUGUUGGCAAAUCCUACGACCGAGUCGUGGGCCCUUGUCGUGUUGGUAGCUCACACAGACGAAACUCCAUCGCGCACUUCUGUGCAGCUUGUGCGGCACUGCAAGUUCAAGGGCGAAUCUGUCGAUCAGCAUUUCCCCUUACACACGGCUUCUCUGAUGGUCCAAAAUGUGAUCAAACUGGCGUACAAGAGCUAUGCUCCGGCUACUGGCAAACAUCCGUACGAGAUAUCGACACCCAACUUCGUACUCUUUCAUCCGGAAAUGCCCAACGGACAAGGCGGAGAAGGAGGUGUUGAUGAACUGGACACCUUCGCGCGGCAAUCGGAGCUGCCUGACUCGUAUCAAGCGCAAAUAUUUCUGGGUCAGGAGGAUUGAAGAAGUUUGUCAUGCCGAUUGUACAUGUUGACUCGUGGUGCUGCCGGUGAUGCAUGCUCCAGCAUCACAGCUUUCGCGAAAGCUUGCUCAUGCCUAUCCUGCAUGACAACUGCCUUUUCCGGAUGGCAAAAAUUUGCUGCUUUAUGCAAUACAGGUUCUCGUAUGUUGACCGAAUUCGAAAGCUAGGAUUAUAAAUCCGAUCCUCUCCAGACCCAGAUAUAUUUGCAAUGCAUAGCGCGAGGAUCAUUUUCGGCGGGGCGCACAUGACGGGUUAUCCGUUUCUCCCUUCGGUAUUCAUCAAGGAGUUACAGUGCACGGAAUGUGAUGGAACGGCCCAUGGCAUCUGGCAGAAGCUGCAUGUCGAAAUUGCCAACACGUGCGCUACGAUUCACGGCAAAAGCAACGCGGCGUCCGAGUUGGAGGCCAUCGCCAAGGUGAUUUCUGACGAAAAUUUCAAGAAAACUGAAGGUAACUGGAAGGGCAGAUUUGGUGAGCCUCAGAAAUUGAUCCAAGCAGAUUCCGUGUACGCGGAGAUCUUUCAGCUGCCGGAGUAUUUCCAAGCGAAUAAGCACCGUUUUCCCGCCUGGUUUGGUAAACGGCAAGACCCACGGGCAACAAUUUUGUGUCCGUCUCUCACGGGUACCAGCCAGCAGUCGGCCGCUGCGUCUUCGAGAACGGAGUUGGAUGUUGGCGAAAGUGAAUCGUUUGCACAGGCGGGCACGGAUGCAGUCGACAUGACGGGGCCGGAGCAAGAGCCUUCGUCUCCCUACUUUUCCGUGAAACCCGCAAGGACAGAGAGCAGCGGAACUACCUACAUGUUUCACCACUGCCCGUCUAUCCUCGACCCGAGGCAGGGUUGGGGAAUCGUGCGAACGGUGAAGCGCUGCCUUGAAGCCCUACUGGAUGCGGUAAAGAAAAAUCGUAUGUCGAAGCCCAAAACGAUUUUCAUUUUCGAAGACGACGCUGUGUGGCUCCCAAACUACCGGGCAGACGGUUCCUAUUUGCGAGGACAAGAGCGCCCAACAUCCGCAUCGGUCGAGACAAAAAUGCUGGACACGACGAGCUUAAAGGAAGCGGCUCGCGCAAUUUCGGAUGCCUGGCCAAAGGACACCGCCUUGGUCCUUCUGGCCGCCCAACAGCAUGUUCGCGCCCCGCCGGUGCCAAGCGUGCUCGCGCUGGACUCGCCACGAGGCCUCAUCGGCUACAAGCUUGCGCAAAUCGAUUGGGCAGACGGUUCCUAUGCCUGGGCGAUAAGGUUUGACGACAUUUCUUCGUUCGUGGAGGAGGAGUUGGGCGUUGAGCUGGAGAAGGUCGGGGGAAGUCUGUAUAUGGACCAUGAUUGGUUCAGUUGGUCGAAAAAGUCUGGACGCGUGGUUCGCGUCACGUGCCCACUUUUGGCUGGACAUCGGAAAGCGUUCUCGCUGACGCACAACAACACACAAGGAGCAUUGCUAAGUCGUGAUUGCCCCCAAGAGCUGCUCAUGCAGCCACGACGUGCUUCUUCCGUGGAGUCCGCAGACGAUCUGGAUCUGUCGUUGCACUCUGAAGUUGUUAGUGGAAGUGAUGAAGAUCAACAAGAACACGACGCAGAACAAGUUCUACUUGACGACGUUGACGAGGACAAAAGCAAGACUAGUUUAGCUGAACCUGGCCGCGAUGAAAAGAUGAAAGUGAAGAACCUGCAUAAGAACCGCGGAGGACGUGCUUCCUCGACCGAAACGCUUCGCGAAAGCACGAGUUCAGCAUCGUCUCCGCGGAGAAUAAAAAGUGAGAAUUUGCUCGUGCCCUUUGACAAGUGGGCCAGUACUUCUUCAUCUUCUGCAGAGCCUCCCCACGGAAACAAUCCAUCAGGCGCCAACCCGACGGACCGAGAUGAUGACGUUCUGUUCAUGGUGGUUGGUUUUGCCGAAAGCGACGCGAAUGCUCCAGAAGACUCGAAGCAUAAGCUAGAAACUUUUUUGGUGUCCAAUGACUUUGGAAAUGGCAGUGGUGAAAAAGAGAAAUAACCUGGUACUACGGCGGGGACGGGAGAUGACGCACCUCCUGGUUCUGGCGACGACCGGACUGCGCGAGGAGAUGUGGAUGUGGACCAGAGCAAUUUUUAGUGCUGCCAAUGAACUAUGAUGAGCGGAGCAAAGACCGCAAGCGCAACCGCCUUCCGGUAGAAGUUUUGUACGUUGUUUGGGCGAGGACCAGGCCCGUGCUUUAGUAGCACCGCCACGAAUCUUGUCUGGUUCAUCUGAAUAAACGCCACCAGCUUCGUACUGUAUGAUAUGUUUUGUUUCAUUAAUAAUGUAGAUCGAGA